GCUCGCUGGCACCAACUGUCUGCCUGACUGCUUCUCUACUUUAGAGACACUCCCACUUCUUCACAGAUCCUCGACAAGAUGGUCAAGGUGGCGAUGCCCGCAAAGAUCGCUCUGGCUGCGUGCCUGUACGCGGCGGUGGCCACAGCUGAGACCAUUAACUUCAUCAACAAGUGCUCGUUCCCCAUUGAGCUGUAUCACAGCCAGUCGGGCUCGACCGCUUCCAAGGUGGCCGACAUCCCUGUUGGCAGCUCCCUCACGGAGGACGUGACUGGCCCCGCCCACAUGUACCGCCACAGUGCUGAAACGUCGGCGACUCUGGUGGAGCUGGCUUGCGAUGGCACUCUGUGGAACGACCUGAGCGUCAUCCCGCCCAUGCCUGGCUACUGCAGUAGCUACGAGGAAUGCAAGAAAGGCGGCAAGACGGGAUUCAACGUGCCUAUUUCGAUUGAGCCCAAGGAGAACAUUGGCAAGGGCACGUGCUCGGCUCUUUACUGCGCUGCCGACGACAAGGAAGCUUGCGCUGACGCCUACCACUACCCCAUGGACAACACCAAGACGCAUAGCUGUCCCAGUGGCACCGAACUGGACGGAACGGUGCAGAGCUACGCCGACCUCGGCAAGGUCAAGGCCAAGUAUGAGUACAAGGGCAAGAACGCCGGUAAUAUGCCUGGCUCGUACAACCGCGUGACGGACUUGGCCACGUGCACAAAGGAGCCUGUGCAGGUGAACAGCCCUGUUGGACCCAUGUCGGAACCAUGUAGCAUGAUCUUCCGUGGUCCCCAGGAGAUUUUCAACAUCGCCGUGUACUCGGAUGAAGGAGGCAACGGCUCGUGGCCGCGUGUGUCCUCGUACUCGAGCAAGGACGGCACGGUCGAGAACUUGACGUUCAUGAACAACAAGAACGUCGACUACUCUGGCCAGAACGAGCACGGCCCUCAGGGUUACGCUUCGGCGGACGGUAAGGACAAGGCUGACAAGCCCACUGUGUUCUCGGGUGAGCUGGUGGAGGCUUCGGACCCGACCAAGAUUGGCGGUGGCCCAGGUAUCUCGACGGGUGUGGAGAUCAACAUUAUGACAGGCGAGAAAUGCAACGGCGAGUGUCUUGGCUUCUCGGGCGACAACGACUACAAGGGCUGGGGCGGCGGUAAGAAGGCGUUUGUGACCGAAGUCAAGAUGCCCAAGGGUUUGAUCCCCGACCAGCCUGCGAUCUGGAUGCUCAACGCCCAGGUGAUGCACUCGAACCAGUACGGCUGCAACUGCCGUGGUAUGGGCCCCGUGGGCGGCUGUGGCGAGCUCGACAUUGCCGAGGUUAUUGAGACGAACCCCCUUCGUAACAAGGUGACGACGCACUUAUACUACUACGACGGCUCGGUGCUGAGCCCCGGCGGCGACAACUUCGCUCCUCGCUCGUACGACUCGAACACGGUCUACGUGACGCUCAUCGACGACUCGAACGAGGGGCUCAUCAAGAUCGUGGAGCUCGAGAGCUUCGACUUCUCGCAGACGGAGCUGGGCUCGCUGUACCAGCAGCUCGUGGACUGCUAAUUCUUGCCGAAGUGGCGGUGACGUGUUGAUCUAGAUGAGCUUCCUCUAGCUGCAGAGUGUCUAUAUACUAUCCAUACUGGCGAGCGGCGGUUUUUCCUCAAAUACACAGCUAUUUUGAUACAUAA